GCCGUGGUUUCCUACUCAGAGAUCGUCGUAAUGAUCACAAGUGACGAGGUCAAUUAUCUUGUCUAUAGAUACCUGGCUGAGUCGGGUUUUACACACUCAGCCUUCGCAUUUCAACAUGAAAGCGCUCUGUACAAGCGAACUGUAAAAGGUUCCCAUGUUCGCCCGGGUUCACUGGUCAACUUAUUGCAGAAGGGCCUACAGUAUGCUGAGAUCGAGUGCCACGUCAAUGAGGACGGUACAGAACGGAAGUGUAUCGCCCCAUUUACACUGCUUGAGCAACAUGAAUGCGCCUUCGAAGUCAGCGACAAGCAAGAAGGACGUCCCUCGAAAAGAGCUAGAAAGGAGGAAGCCCUGACCAACAAAAAGGAUCGAAAGGACGAGCGAAAGCAAUCAAAGCCCGAGCGCGAAAAGAAAUCUCGCAGAGAGUCACUUGUUGCAUCGACCACUUUGGAGACAUCCGAUGCAAUGGACGUUAUUGAAGACGACAACACGAACGCCGACGAAUUGCCUGUGUCGAUGCUGUCAAGUUCAGAAACUGUUGUUCGAUGCUCCUGGAAUCCCGGCAAGCCAUCAUUAAUAGCAUCUGGGAGCAAGGAUGGAGUAGUGCGACUCUGGCAGGUACCGUCUAAUGCGACACAAGAUGCUACCCAGAGUGAUCGAGUGAUGGAUUUGCCCAUGGGCACCGCUGUUGUUGGCAUCAGUAUCGGCAUAUCGGCGCUUGAGUGGGCGCCGUCGGGUGCUAUGUUGGCGGCUGGGACCGUCGAUGGUCGCACAUUAGUUUGGACUCGGUCAGGAGAGCUUAAAUUCUCUGAGAAGCAGCACGAAGGGGCGGUCUUCUCUUUAGCUUGGAAUACAUGUGGAAGUCUCAUUGCGACCGGUAGUCUCGAUAAGACCAGCGUAAUAUGGGACGUCGCUAGUGGCCAAGUCCGGCAGAGAUUUGAUUUCCAUGAAGGACCUGUCCUCUCUGCGGACUGGGUAGAUGAUGUCACUUUCGCGACAUCGUCGUCAGACAGUCAGAUAUAUGUAUGCCGCUUGGGAGAUAUAGAACCGUUGAAGCAAUUUUCCCAUAAGAGCGAUGUGAAUAAAGUUCUAUGGGAUCCUUCAAGAAAGUAUCUUGCCUCUUGCUCUGACGACGGUACCGCCAAAAUCUGGACGAUGGACUCUAAUGAAGCUCUCUGGGUCGCAAAGGGCCAUGAGAAGGAAAUCGUGACUUGCCAGUGGUGUCCCAAUUCUGACCAAUUAGUGUUGGCAACAGCUGGUUUUGACCGAACAGUUCGAUUGUGGGAUGUUGCUAAGCAAGAGUGCCUGCACACUUUCCGUAACCACAACUCUGAGAUCUUAUCCGCUGACUUCAAUCCUGAUGCCUCAUUACUUGCCAGUGCCUCCAGUGAUGGUGUAGUAAAUAUAUGGUCGCUACAGGAUUGGUCUUUGGUCAAGCAAUAUCAUGGGGACAAGGGCGAAGAUGUGGAUGUUCAAGCAAAAUGGAAUACCUUGGGAAAUAAACUAGCGCUGAUCUGCGGAAAUCGUGCGGUCGCGAUUCUCCAUUUACCUCAAAUUGUAUAGCAGAACUAAAUUACGUACAUCUUUCCAUAUCCAUUGAGCUGUCUAUACCCGCCUGCACCCUCGUUAUUCUAC